AUGACUAAAAGAUUACAAAGUGAGACAAGAAAGAAUUGUAAGAUAAGACUUGAACAAUUGAUUCAAAAACAUAUCGGAAAGAGUAAGAAUAUGUAUAAGAGACCAUGUGUCAAGGACGGAGAAUUAGUAUUCUUGAAAAUUCUCAAAAAGGAGAUUGACAGUAAAAGGUUUAGAAAUCGUGCUGAAACCCUUAACAAGCUGUUAGUUACAAAUGUUAACUAUUAUACUGAUGAUAAAAUAGCGAUUGGUUGCCUCAAGAAUAUUUGGAACGGAAUUCAGAAUGGAAUAAGACCUAUGAUAGCUGCUUACAAUCUCUUGGGAAAAAAACACCCAAUCUCUGUAAGAUUAUCUGAAAAAAUUAGAUACCGUUUCCAAAGUGAUAUACACUAUUCACAGAUACAAAUUAAUUACUAUCACAAUCCAAAAAAACUUGUAGACGCCAUUUAUGAGCUACUUAAUACUGUUGGAGCAGACCUGAUUGAAAUUGAUGAUAUGAUUGCCUUGUCAAUUUUAGAGCUUGCUCACCAAUUUAAACAAACAGAUUUAUUCAAAAAGGCAUUGAGCAAAAUUGUAGAAUUUGGAUUAAGCUCUUAUGGUAUUGCACAUCUUGAAUCAACAGAUAAGAGCAAAAUCUUUUUAACUUUAGUGACAGAUAAGCCAUUUGAGUGUUUACAUCUCGAUCAGUUUUUAAAGUUGAUAAUCUCAUGUUUUGAGAGCAAGGCUAAAGCCAUUGAACAUCUUUCUAGUGAAUUAGGUACAUGCAAUUGGAGCACAAUUACUGCUGAAAAGUUGCAUUUUUUGUUGGAGAAUGGUUUCUCAAUAAUACCACCUAUUAACCAUCAGCAACAACAACAUGGUGAAUCUAAAUAG